AUGGAGAUAACCCAGGUCUUCUCCACCCGGCGCUCCAUUCGCUUCAGCAGCCGAGGUCGAGGCCGCGCUCUGAGCUUCCCUCUGAUGCCAGGAUUAGAAGGCGUGGAUGGCUGCCUGCAUCCCCCUGCACCGAAGAAGAAAAGUCGAACGCUCUACAGUACUGAGCAGUUGGACCAUUUAGAGGUCUUGUUCCAGGAGGACCACUAUCCUGACGCAGAAAAGAGGAAAGUCAUCGCUGCCUCAGUUGGUGUCACACCUCAAAGAAUUAUGGUCUGGUUUCAGAACCGCCGGGCCAAGUGGAGGAAGGUGGAGCACUCCAACACAGCAAGGGUCGAACACAAACCGAGUAGAGGUGGAUGCAGCAGCCCCCCACAGUACCAGAUCAAUCCCACCCUGCCCACACUGGCACCCAACAAUCGGGCAGCUCCUUGUUUUUCCAAUCACUUUGCCGACAUGCUGCCCCAGCUCGCCCCUCCAGCACCUUCUUUCCCGAACCUGUUCAACCAGACCCCGCCCUCCUACAGCAACCUGCUGGCCAGCCUCAACAGCCCAGGUCCAUCCAGAGUGAGAGAUGUGGGCCAGCAUCAGCUUUCAUCUCAGGGUGGGUUGGCAGAGUACCACCCCCGGCCCAUGAACAGCCCUCCGCCCUUGCGUCGAGCCAGUCUCCCCUUUUUCACAGCGACUUACAACCCCGCCAACCCAAUUCCGCCUCCGCCUCUCCUUAACACCCUGGCUCACACCCCACCUCUGUUCCUGGAUGCCCUGGAGGGAGGCUCCGCCUUGGCACACCAUGACAACCAGUCUCUGCAGACUGACACCAGUUCUCUUUUCGACUUUGGGGAGAAGCUGGAUUACCUGACCUCAGGUCAGCAGAACAACCCUCUCUCCUACCAGCUGCAGACCUCCUACUCCUCCAGCCAGCACCAACCUCAACCAUCUCUGCCCCGCAUGAUUCCAACCCUCCCUCAUACCUGA